GUGAUUUAGUAGGUUUAAAUAGAGUGCAGGCGGGGUAGAAGGUUAAGUAGUGGAGCUAGGGAUCCCUCCUGGCCUGCAUUGAGAUGGAUUUGAAUUUGAAUUUUCCGGAAACAGCAAGUGGCGGUGAAGUAGUGGAGGUCAAAAAUGAUACUGACGAGAAGGAGAUGAAUAAAGAAGAAGCCGUGGUUAGGAAGAGAGCAUCGACGCGGACGUGGUCUUUGCUGGCCACGGAGAAGAUUACGAAACUGAAUGACGAGGUUUACGACUGGGAAUAUGAUAGGAAGCGGAGGACUAACAAAAUUGAUUCUGAUGAGAAUGUCCAAGGUCAAAGCCCUAAAAAAAGGCGGGGGAGAAAAUGUCCAGCGAUUGAGGGGGAGAAGAAGAAUGUCGAGGCUGAAAGUAAAACAAAGCGGGGAAGAAAGAGGAAGGUUGUGAGCACUGGAUUAGAAGGGAACGAGAAGAAUGUUGAGGAUCUGCGUAGGUCAGAGAGGAAGAAGAGUGGGGAGAAGAAGAAUGUGAAUGUUGAGGGCCAAAGCGGUGGUGGAGAUGGGAGAGAUUUGUUCGUUCAUCAAACACAUGACCAAAAUGGGAAGAAGAAUGAUCGCAACACUUGUCACCAGUGCAAGAGGAAUGAUAAAGGGGAAGUUGUUUGGUGCACCAAGUGUUGGCGUAAGCGAUAUUGUCUCAUUUGCAUAAGUAGAUGGUAUCCUAAAAUGCAGAAAGAGGAUUUUGCUGAAGCUUGCCCAGUUUGUCGUAACAACUGCAAUUGCAAGGAUUGCUUGCGGCUAUUUGGACCAACCAAGCACUUGAAGGAUUUGACAUUGAAAUUUAAUGAUGAAACAAAGAUACAGUACUCUGAAUACAUGCUGCAAAUGCUUCUGCCCUUCUUAAAACGAUUCCAUGAAGAACAAUUAGCUGAGAAGGAAACGGAGGCUAAGAUACAUGGAUUACCAAUUUCAGAGAUAAGACCACAACAAUUGAACUUUGAGAAGAAUGAACGGAUAUACUGCGACAACUGUAAAACAUCUAUUUUUGAUUUACAUCGAAGCUGCCUAAAGUGUUCCUAUGAUCUUUGUCUGACUUGUUGUCAAGAGCUUCGGGAGGGACGUUUACAAGGUUGUGAUAAGGGAGUGUCCCCACAAUAUUCUGGCCACAGUCUAGGUUACUUGCAUGGUGAUGAUGGUAGUAAUGCAGAUAUUGUGAUUAAGACAGAACCUCCUGAUGGAAUGGUUGAAGCUAUCAUCACAACAGAUCUUGAGGAGACAAAUUCUGAGUGGAGAUCUGCAGAAAGGGGUAUUAUUCCAUGCCCACCACCAGUGCUAGGAGGCUGUGGUGAAGGAAUUCUUGAAUUGAAAGGCAUAUUUCCAAAUGAUUGGGUCUCUAACUUGUUGCUGAGAGCAGAAGAAUUCAACUUGGCACAAGUAACUGGAGGCUUGAAUGUAAACUUUCAGAAGUGCUCUUGUGCAAAAUUCUUAAGUGAGAAUGUGGAUGGAAGUGUAUCAAGUGAUACAUUGCGGAAAGCAGCUUCUCGACAAGACUCAAGUGACAAUUUUUUGUACUGUCCAACAGCUAAAGAUCUUCUUCAGCAUGAUGAUUUAAAGCAUUUUCAAUGGCAUUGGUCAAAAGGUGAACCUGUGAUUGUUAGUAAUGUACUUGACACCACAUUUGGUUUGAGCUGGGAACCCAUGGUUAUGUGGCGUGCCAUUAGACAAAAAACGGGUGAUAAACGUGGAACUCUGUUUGAUGUAACUGCACUAAAUUGCUUGGAUUGGUGUGAGGUUGACAUAAACAUUCACAAGUUCUUCAAAGGAUAUUCAGAAGGUCGUUUUGAUGAUUAUAAAUGGCCUCAGAUACUCAAACUGAAAGACUGGCCUCCUGGUAACUUGUUUGAGGAGCUGUUGCCUCGUCACGGGGCUGAGUUUAUUAGCUGCUUGCCUUUCAAAGACUAUACUCAUCCUCGCAGUGGGUACUUAAAUCUUGCUACUAAACUGCCCGAGUUGUCUCUAAAACCGGAUAUGGGGCCAAAAACAUAUAUUGCUUAUGGAGUGGCGCAGGAGUUGGGACGGGGAGAUUCUGUAACAAGCUUGCACUGUGACAUGUCUGACGCAGUGAAUGUGUUGACACAUGCAGAAGCAGUGGCGCUUAAUCCUGAGCAGCUUCUCGAUAUAAAGAAACUGCAAGAGGACCAUGCCAAACAAGAUAAAAGGGAAAUGGAUGGCAAUGCUAAGAUAUUAGAUGGAUGGGAAGGAGAGCUACUAAACAGUGAAAAUGGAAUAUCCAGGUUGAACAGAAGAACUUGUUCACAUGAUGUGGAUGAAACUAAUCUGAGGAGUGAAACUAAGGAACUAAAGGCUUGUGUUAUUGGAAAUGGAAAUACACUGGAUGCGCAAUCAGCUAACAGGGAAACUCUGAUGUUUGAACAGAAGGAUAGUGCUAUGGAUGAUUUGUUGGAAGCUUCUGAAGCAGGUGAAAGUGGCCAAAAUGAAGAAUAUGUAAAAGAGGAGCAGGGAUAUAAAAAUACUUGCAUGCAUGGAACUGUAUCAGAAAGUUUUCAAGACCCUGAGGGUGCUGCUUUGUGGGAUAUUUUUAGGAGAGAAGACAUUCCAAAACUGGAGGAGUACACGAGAAAACACUUCAAGGAAUUUAGACACAUUUUCGGUAAAUACUUGUCUCAGGUUGUCCACCCUAUUCACGAUCAAACAGUAUACUUGACAGUGGAGCAUAAAAGGAAACUUAAAGAAGAAUAUGGAAUUGAACCAUGGACAUUUAUUCAGAAAGUAGGUGAUGCUGUUUUCAUACCUGCUGGAUGUCCUCAUCAAGUUAGAAACUUAAAGUCAUGUAUAAAGGUUGCACUUGACUUCGUUUCACCAGAAAAUAUCAAAGAGUGUGUUAGAUUGACGGAGGAAUUUCGUAUUCUACCACAAAAUCAUAGGGCUAAAGAAGACAAGUUAGAGGUGAAGAAGAUCAUUCUUCACGCAGUUGAAGGAGCUGUUAGGGAUUUGGAGGAUUUGUCAAGGCCCAGCUAGAAAGCAGGACAAAGCAUUUUGGCUGGCCUCAUGGAGCUCACCAAUUUUUUGGUAUGUAUCUUUACAUACUGAAUGAUGAUAGUACUAAUUAUUACUCCACUAUCAUUCCGUCAGUAGUUGGAACUACUUGUAAUUUCAAACAUAAUUUGUUGCAACUCUAAAUAUUUUCGACUUGGAUUUGGUUAUAUGUUAUUUACCAUCUUCUGCUUUCUGUCA